AUGGGUUCAGAUCAACCCUGCAUGGAUACGCUAGAGCGGCGACCCAUAUUGGGUCCUGCCUGUAAGUGGCAGGGCCACCGGUGUCUGCGGAAAAAGCUGAGGCCCGUGCGAAUCUUAGGUUUCAUCUUCAGCCUGGUGGCCGUAAGUGCUGUCUCCUUCAGUGCCUUGACCUGGAGCUCAGGUGGUCUCAGUGAGCCAGUGCUCCCCCAGAAGAGUCUCCACCAGUCGGCCCCACACAGGACUCUGCUUUUCACCCAAAACCAGAGGGACCCCAAUGUCUCAGCUGACAUGCCAAUAGCCAUGAAAUCUGCAGCAGACAGAAACGAGAGCCAGGGGGAGUACCCACCAGACCUUUUCAGCCUUGAGGAGAGGCGCCAAGGAGCAGUGGCCCUCCACAUGUUUGGCAUGAUCUACAUGUUCAUUGCCUUAGCCAUAGUGUGUGACGAGUUUUUCGUCCCGGCGCUCACAGUCAUCACAGAGAAGCUGACCAUUUCGGAUGAUGUAGCAGGGGCCACCUUCAUGGCGGCAGGCGGCUCAGCUCCGGAGCUCUUCACCUCCAUCAUCGGUGUCUUCAUCUCACACAGCAACGUGGGCAUCGGGACCAUCGUGGGCUCGGCCGUCUUCAAUAUUCUCUUCGUCAUUGGGAUGUGCGCCAUCUUCUCCAAGGAGAUCCUUAACUUAACAUGGUGGCCACUCUUCCGCGACGUCUCCUUCUACAUCCUGGAUCUGAUCAUGCUCAUCAUCUUCUUCCUGGAUAACUUAAUCUCCGUGUGGGAAAGUAUCGUACUGCUCUCAGCCUAUGCCGCCUACGUGAUCUUCAUGAAGUGCAACAGCAAAGUUGAGAGCUUCGUCAAAGAUUGCAUGAACAAGAAUCAAGUGGUAGAAGUAGCUGUACAACCCAAGAAGGCAAGUCCUGGGGCGCCAGAGGAUGACGGCAAGUUGUCGGCAAGACCUCGGCUGCAGAGGGGGGGCAGUUCCGCCUCCCUGCACAACAGCUUGAUGAGAAACAGCAUUUUCCAACUGAUGAUUCAUACGUUAGACCCUUUGAGUGAAGAAUUUGCUGACUCUGAGCUUGGGACUUAUGGGAAACUAAAAUAUUAUCACUCAAUGACUGAGGAAGGUAAAUUUCGAGAGAAGGCGUCCAUCCUUCACAAGAUCGCUAAAAAGAAAUGCCAGGUGGAGGAUAGCGAGAAGGCCAACGGAGUCGCAAGCCGAUCAGAUAAGAACCUUCCAAACAGCUCCAGUGUGGAAGUGGAAGUGACACCACCCAUGAAUGGAACGGCGGGGCAAGAGGGGGAGACGGCUGAGGAUGAGGAGGAAGAGGACCAGCCUCUGAGUCUGUCCUGGCCCGAAUCCAACCGCAAGCGCUUCACCUACCUCUUCAUCAUGCCUAUCGUCCUCCCCCUGUGGCUAACGCUGCCUGAUGUCAGGAAACCGUCUUCAAAGAAGUUCUUCCCCAUCACCUUCUUGGGAGCCAUCUGCUGGAUUGCAGGCUUUUCGUACCUAAUGGUGUGGUGGGCUCACCAGGUUGGAGAGACCAUUGGGAUUACAGAAGAGAUUAUGGGCCUGACUAUAUUAGCAGCUGGAACCUCCAUCCCUGACCUCAUCACCAGUGUUAUUGUGGCACGCAAGGGGCUGGGUGAUAUGGCUGUAUCCAGCUCCGUAGGCUCCAACAUCUUUGACAUUACUGUUGGACUGCCAUUCCCCUGGCUCCUCUGGUCCCUGUUCAGCGGCCUGAGCCCUGUUCAAGUCAGCUCCAACGGCCUCUUCUGUGCCAUCGUGCUCCUCUUCCUCAUGCUUCUCUUCGUCAUCAUCUCCAUCGCCGCCUGCAAGUGGCGCAUGAGCAAGCUGCUCGGCUUCAUCAUGUUCAUGCUGUAUUUUGUCUUCCUAGUGCUCAGCGUCAUGCUGGAGGACAAGACCAUUACCUGUCCGGUGUCCGUCUGAGGACCCUUGAGGACCUACUUCCUCUCCCUCGUCACCACCACUACCACCACCACCACUACGAGCAUUCUUAGUGUCUGCCAUCACUCGUCCCUGAUCUUUAUGAUCCUUUACCCCAGGAAUAAAAGGAGGACUAGACAAAAGAAUAAUAUAGGAAUAUGAAAAAAUUAUGGAAUCUACUGAUAUUUUCAGUAAGCAAGUGGUGGCGGGGAGCAGUUAAACCAACAAAGGCACAAGACUCUGGCUUGGCUGGGUAAACAUAGGCCUAAUCUGAGUGGAUUUUUAUUUAUUAAUAUUAUUGAAUUGGCAAGUGAGGGGAGUUGUCGGUGUAUCAGCCAAAUAUAGAAACAUUAUGCAUGCCAUUAGCAUCACUAGGUGAGCUGAAAUCAAGACUAUGUCUGGCUGUUUGAGGAGAAUGACCUCCUGUGAACUUUCAGGGGGCGGGCGGGGGCAUCUAGUAAAGAUACACUGAAUAAAACUCUUACUAAUAAAUGCAGUGACUGAGCUGAAAUUGUGGGCAUAUUUGAACUAGUUCAACAGACUAAGAUGUUGUCACCAAGAGUGAAGAGGAAUAUUUGUGGCUAGGGAAAAGGCAGACUGU